AUGAGCGAACCUACCCAGCGAGCCUCACGUUCCCGGUACUCGAGCCCCUUUGCAGCGCCACACAAUGGGACCCCCAACUCCUCCAAGGUAGCGGCAGAUUCUGCUGCGAGACCAAAGACGAUGCUGGAUAAGUGGAUCGAGCCGCAGCUUGCUCCCCCCCGACCCUCGUUCGCAGAGGCUGGUAUUGAGAGGCACGGAGUCGUCGCGAACAUGGCACCGUUGGGUACGCGACCGAGCGCGAGGGUGUUGAAGGCUUCGACGAAGAGUGAGUUCAUGGACUCGGCGCGUGGCGCCACCACGAGGAGAUCCGCAGCUUCUUCUGCCUCUACCCCUAGCGAGGCAAUUACAACGCCAGAACCCGCUGUGAACAUAGUACGGCGACGGUCUUUAUCGGCAAAAGCUGAAAACGCGGAGUCGACUCCUCAGACGCCACAGCAACAGACACCGCAGCUGCCGCCGGCGAGUGCGCGCAAGAGUGUCCCACGACCAAGUACAGCUGCGCAACACCAGGGUCAGGGAGUCUUCGCUCUGCAGCAAUCACCUCUACCUACCAACGCGCCGCGGCCGUUCAUACCUUCAUUCCUUCCGCCACCGACGCAGUUCGGCCCUAAUGGCGAAUACAAGAUCGACUUGGACAUUACAGACAGGGUGGUCGAGAGUGCGGUUCAGGAAGCUUUGGAUAAUCGGAGGUGGCCUACGGCGUAUGCUCUACGGACGCUCUACGAUGACCACCGGAUGAAUCCCCGCAUGGUCCGACUUAUCGAUACAAUAUAUAAUGGUCGCGCGGAUGAGCAGCAGCGGAAAGAGUUUCAGGGGGUGAUGAGGCAUAAGAAGAAGGAGGGCAAGAAAGACAGGACGGGGGAGUACUAUUUCAACGGUGACGGAAGCGAUCCCCCACCGAGGCCGACCCAGUUCCAACCUGUCAAUUAUCAAACGCCAUUCAGUACUCCCCCCGCGAGAUCUGCUACGGGCGCGAGAUCUCUAAGUGAAGCUCAAGGGAGGCGACCAUCAGUGAACCUCUCAUCGGUGUCAGCGUCAACAUCGCCUCAGAAAGAUGCUGAGCAUCUCAGUAAGAGGCACAAGUCUAAUAAUUUCCAGCCGGCUCAGACUUUGGAGGUGAAUGGGAACGCAAGUGCGGAUGGAAAGGUAAAGGCGGAGCAGCCCCCCGCGCCCCAAGAAAACGGAAUUUCAGAUUCGGUGGGCCGAGCACGGUCUGGCUCGAGCACAAGCUCAUCAGCCUUAUCGUCUAUCGAUGAGCAGAUGUUGAGCACUGAUUAUGGCACGAGUGCAGUGUCUCAGGCGGCGGCCGGCGAGCCUGGUUCUGGUGCUGCCUCUGCGCAUACCCAGUCUCGCUCCGCCAACGCCGAGACGCAUCCUGGCGUGCGAAACCCGCCACAACCAAUCAGCGUACCACACAAGCCUGGCCCCAAAACCUACACCUUUUCAACUGUGUCCACCUCCCCUUCGUCAGCUUCCGCCGCGCUUCCCUCUCCUACUAAUAACAUCAUCAACACCCGCCAAUCCAGCUCGCAUCGCCGCCAGCCAUCCGCAUCCAAGGGCGAUGCGAUGGCUCCGGCUGUCCUUCUUCCUUCAUCAGCAUCUGGUCAGCAACUGCCCAAGGGAAAGAAGGAGUCUAACAAGGUCACGAGUCGUCCGAGUGAAGACAGUGAACAGACAGAGCGGACUCUUCGCAUGAAGAGGAAGGCCAGAGAGAACACCAAUAAGAUUGCCUCUGUUCCCGAGAGUUUCGAGCGGAAUCAAGUGCUUCCUCCCGAAGUCGAGUCUGUAUCAGAUGGGGGCGAUGUCGUUGCUCUUCCACCGAGACGUACAAACAUUCGACUCCUCAAUAAGAAAACCCGGCAGUCUCAGGCUGCCAACUAUGAUUCCGACACCCUCAGCUCCCCAACCCUACUCUCAUUCCAACCAGAUCUCGCACCAGGUUCAGUCUCCGUCUCUCGUGCUGGAACUCCGAGUGCUCUCAGCCGACCGAGCAGGAAGGCAAAGACGGGCACUGGUCUACGAGUCAAGACAUCACCAAUGAAGAAGAAAGGCGGUACUCUUGCUGGAAUCCCAAGAGCAAGUGGUGAACGAAAUAGCCCGACCAGCAACGGGGCGUUCUCUCAUAAUCAGGAGGAUAACGAUGACUACUGUUCGUCGUGUGGCGGGAAUGGAGACUUAGUCUGCUGUGACGGCUGUACUCGCUCCUUCCACUUCAAGUGCGUGGAUCCGCCUAUGGACGAAAAUGCUCUCCCUGAUGAAUGGUUUUGCAACGUCUGUCUUACCUCGCGUCUCCCGCGACGACUGGACGAAGAGACGGGGCCCUUCGGCAGCCUUCUCGCCCUCCUCCAGAGGAAGAAUCCUAGUGCUUUCCAUUUGCCAAAAGAUAUCCGUGAAUACUUUGUCGACGUCAAAACCGGUCCUGAUGGGGAGUAUGAAGAGGGCGUUCCCCCAAAACCCAAGAACCGUGGAGGAUACGACGAGGCCCCAGACUACUUUCGCUUGAAGGAUAGCAAAGGCAAACCCAUCAUCUGCCAUCAGUGCCAUGCUGCCGCAUCAGCGCCUGAUCGUGCGAUCAUUCCCUGUACCUACUGCGGGCUCUAUUGGCAUCUUGACUGUCUCGACACUCCCCUGGCCAAAGAACCAGGACCCGGAAGGCCUUUCAGAUGUCCAGCCCAUAUUGAUGACCUCCUGGCCACGAUCCCCGCUGCUCUGGCCCCAGCGCACCGCUUUCGCAAGAUCAAAGGCGCCUCCCCCAUCAAGCCAGCAGUCAGGCGUGGCAUCAAGAAUAACGGUCACAUCGAGAUCGAGAACGAUGCAACGGAUGAUGAGGAAGAGCUUGGUUUCUACGAACAGAGAGAGUAUGGCCACGUCUACAAGCUUCCGGAGAUGGGCAUCAAGCUGGAUUUUAUUACACAGGUUCGCCGCAAGACUGGUGGCCGAGGAGGAUUUGCUCCGGCUGGCAUCUCGCACGUCAAACCAGCACCGGCUACUGUGGGCUGGGACCAGCGUACGCUGUUGGAGCAGCAAGCAGCGCUUAACCUUGCAUCACUCACCAUUCCAAAUCCGGAGCUCGGUGACCCGAAGAUUUUGAUUGAUGCUCUAUUGGCCGAAGCGCCCCCGGCGGUCCUCGCCCUGAUUGCCCAGGGUGAUGCUACCAACAUCGCACAGGACAAGGUCUCGUCGAUGAAGGAUCGAAAUUCGCUGCUUGCGCUGAGAGCGUUUAUCGAUAUCAAGCUUGCUGCCAUUUCCGAUGAGGCGCCAACAGAGCCUGCCAAAACAGAGGCAGCCGUUGAAGAGCGCACGACAGAGGUGGACGGGAGCGUGAAGGCUCAGGAUGCGGGCGGUGAGGAUGUGGAGAUGUCCGGUUGA